ACCACCACUCUCACAGUCGUCUUCUUCCGUUUCCCACCUCUCCAAUUCUCUCUCCCUACACUCUGUAACUACACCAGUGUCUGAGCAAAUCGAUGAAAGUUAGGGCUAUAUAUAUUUGAUUUACUUUUUAGUUAAAUCAGUUAUCUAUACAGUUGAGAGAAAUGGCGAGUGUUUCGGCCACGUUAUCGGCUGCAGCGCUUCCUGAGCUGAUCUUCCUCGCUCCAAACUCCGGCUGCAGAAGAAUCCGACUUCCCGUCGCAAAAUUGUUCGGUCACACAAAGCGAGCUGCGGUUCUCCGGUGUAGAAUCCGAGCUGUGCGGAGAGAGGAGAGUGCCGUAUUGGAGGAGAGCGAUAGGGAAUUGGCGCGUAAAGUGAACAGUAGUGCUAACGGGAAUGGGAAUGGGCGCAGUGGUUUGGCGGAGAAGUAUAGCAAUGGGAGCCUGGCGGGUGAGAAUCAGAGUUUGGUGAAGUAUGUGAAUGGGAAUGGAGGGGCGGGGAGAGGUGGAGAGGAGGUGCUGGAAGUGAAGGCGACUGAGGUGUUUGAAAAAAAGAAGACUGUGGAGGAGAUUGGGCAAGAGGAGGCUUGGUUUAAGAAGAAAGGGAUGGGCCAAGUUGAGGUAUCUGUUGCUCCUGGGGGCAGAUGGAAUAGAUUCAAGACUUAUUCAACAAUUCAAAGAACAGUGGAGAUAUGGGGAUUUGUUUUUACUUUUAUCUUCAAAGCUUGGUUAAACAAUCAGAAGUUCUCUUAUCGAGGAGGGAUGACAGAAGAGAAGAAAGGUGAGAGGAGGAGGAUCCUUGCAAAAUGGUUAAAGGAAAACAUUUUGAGAUUAGGUCCUACUUUUAUCAAAAUUGGUCAGCAGUUCUCCACAAGAGUGGAUAUUCUUGCUCAAGAAUACAUUGAUCAACUGUCAGAACUUCAGGAUCAAGUUCCUCCAUUCCCAUCAGAGACUGCUGUAUCAAUUGUUGAAGAAGAACUUGGAGCUCCAUUGAGUGAUGUAUUUGACAGAUUUGACCGAGAACCAAUCGCCGCUGCAAGCCUGGGUCAGGUGCAUCGUGCAAAAUUGAAUGGCCAGGAUGUUGUUAUUAAAGUACAAAGGCCAGGUCUUAAGGAUCUCUUUGAUAUUGACCUCAAAAACUUGAGGGUAAUAGCUGAAUAUCUUCAAAAGAUUGAUCCUAAGUCUGAUGGUGCAAAAAGGGACUGGGUUGCCAUCUAUGAUGAGUGUGCAAGUGUCUUGUAUCAGGAAAUUGACUACACAAAGGAAGCUGCUAAUGCAGAAUUAUUUGCUAAGAACUUUAAAAACAUGGACUAUGUGAAAGUACCAACAAUAUAUUGGGAGUACACCACUCCGCAGGUCCUCACCAUGGAGUAUGUCCCGGGGAUAAAAAUAAACCGGAUACAAGCGUUAGAUCAGUUAGGAGUUGAUAGAAAGCGGUUGGGAAGAUAUGCUGUUGAAUCUUACCUGGAGCAGAUUCUGUCCCAUGGCUUUUUUCAUGCUGAUCCCCAUCCUGGAAAUAUUGCGGUUGAUGAUGUUAAUGGUGGAAGGCUGAUCUUUUAUGAUUUCGGAAUGAUGGGAAGUAUAAGUUCAAAUAUUAGAGAAGGCUUACUAGAAGUAUUCUAUGGGGUUUAUGAGAAGGAUCCAGAUAAGGUUCUGCAAGCAAUGGUUCAAAUGGGUGUCCUUGUGCCCACUGGAGACAUGACAGCUGUCAGGAGAACCGCUCAGUUCUUCCUUAACAGUUUUGAAGAGCGCCUUGCAGCACAAAGGAAGGAGAGGGAGUUGGCUAAAGCAGAACUUGGAUUCAAAAAGCCUUUGACCAAGGAAGAAAAAAUAGAGAAGAAAAAGCAACGUCUAGCUGCAAUUGGUGAAGAUCUAUUAUCCAUUGCAGCAGAUCAGCCUUUCCGCUUUCCUGCCACAUUCACUUUUGUUGUUAGAGCAUUUUCAGUCUUAGAUGGCAUCGGGAAGGGCCUUGAUCCACGAUUUGAUAUUACUGAGAUUGCUAAGCCGUAUGCACUAGAAUUGCUUAGGUUUCGUGAAGCUGGAGUUGAAGUUAUUUUAAAGGACUUCAAAACGAAGUGGGACAAACAGAACCGUGCAUUUUACAACCUAUUCAGGCAGGCUGAUAGGGUUGAAAAGCUUGCGGAAAUUAUCCAGCGACUGGAGCAAGGUGAUCUUAAACUUCGAGUUAGAGCUUUGGAGUCUGAACGGGCUUUUCAACGUGUUGCUGCUGUUCAAAACACAAUUGGAAGUGCAGUUGCAGCUGGAAGCUUAAUUAACCUUGCGACACUUUUGUAUCUUAAUUCUAUAAGAAUGCCUGCUAUGUUUGCAUACGGCUUAUGUGCAUUUUUUGGCUUCCAAGUCCUAAUCGGAAUUGUGAAGGUUAAAAGGAUAGAUCAACGGGAAAGAUUGAUUACUGGAACUGCUUGAACACAAGUUGCAGAUUCAGACCAGUCCUGAGAUUACUGGUGGGGGGGUCCUGUCCUCGUAUGCCACUAACCUUGCAAAUGCCACACAGGAUAGUUGAGUAGCAUUCAGAAACAUUACAGGUGAAUUCACAAUUUUGAUAUGCUGAAGACACUUCCCUGAAACAAGGCUUUCAAGAUACUGUCACUUGGGUUUAAAUUGAGGAUAUUACUUCUAGUUGGUCGAGGUUCAAUUUUUCUGUUUUGUUCUCAUAUUCAGGGGUUAUUAUUAUUAUACAAUUUAACUGACCUUAGUCCCAGUGUAUAGAUAGCUACAUAGAUGUGUAAUAAUCUGUUUAUAACUGUGUAUAUUUAUUGUGAGUUUCUGUACUCACAGAUAAUCUUUAGUCUUUAGUAUAUAGUAUGAAUGAUGUUGUCUUGUGAGCU